AUGAGGGCCGGUUUUCCUGCGAUCGAACAAGCAGCCACAGCUGAUCAUGAAGCGCUCGCAGGCCGCGUGCAUCUCGAUCUCGCGUCGUCUGGUGCUGCGGGCAAUUUGCCGACCGAUGUCCGACUUGAAAGAUACAAGACCCAUCCUGACGCGGACCCCGAACUAGUGACCCUGAUGUUCCAAUUUGGUCGGUAUUCUCUCAUCGCGUCAUCGCGUAAGACUGGCACUUCGCCAUUACCCCCUAAUCUCCAAGGGCUCUGGAACGAGGACUACGAGCCUGCAUGGGGAGGGCGGUACACGGUUAACAUUAACCUGGAGAUGAACUACUGGCCAGCCGGCGUAACGAACUUGGCAGAAACGUUAGGGCCACUGAUAUUUCUUCUUGAAACAGUGAAGCCCAGGGGGCAAGAUAUCGCGCGGCGUAUGUACAACUGCGAUAAUGGGGGCUAUGUCUUACAUCACAAUACGGAUAUUUGGGGAGAUGCAGUUCCAGUAAACAACGGAACUAAAUGGACGAUGUGGCCGAUGGGUGGUGCUUGGCUAUCAGCAAAUCUAAUGGAAUACUAUCGUUUCACGCAGGAUACAAAUCUCCUGAAAGAGCGCAUCUGGCCACUCUUGCGGUCCGCUGCUCAAUUCUACCACUGCUACGUAUUCUCUUUCAAUGGGUAUCUGAGCACAGGACCUUCAUCUUCACCGGAAAAUGCGUUUGUCGUACCGAACGACAUGAGCGAAAGUGGCAACGAGGAGGGUAUCGACAUCGCUCCAACGAUGGACAAUACACUGCUGUCAGAGCUCUUCCACUCUAUCAUCGAGACGGGCAAGGUCCUCGGUAUCAACAACACAGAUACCACCAAAGCAGCGUCCUCCCUCCCACUUAUUAAACUCCCCCAAAUCGGAUCCUACGGCCAAAUCCUCGAAUGGCGUCACGAAUACCAAGAAACAGAGCCAGGCCAUCGACACAUGAGUCCCAUCUUUGGCCUCUAUCCAGGUUCACAGAUGACACCCCUCGUAAACUCAACAUUAGCCGCCGCCGCAACGGUACUUCUAGACCAUCGCAUCGCCCAUGGCAGCGGUAGUACAGGUUGGUCGCGAGCGUGGACCAUAAGUCUUUACUCUCGGUUGUUCGAUGGAGACGCCGCGUGGAACCACACGCAGGUAUUUCUGAAGACAUACCCGAGUGCGAAUCUGUGGAAUACAGACUCUGGGCCUGGGUCGGCCUUCCAGAUUGAUGGUAACUUUGGAUUCACGGCGGGCAUUGCUGAGAUGCUGCUGCAGAGUCAUGCUGGGGUGGUACAUUUGCUCCCGGCUUUGCCGUCUGCUGUGCCACAUGGGAAGGUGUCUGGGUUAGUGGCGAGGGGCAACUUUGUGGUGGAUAUGGAGUGGUCAGAUGGGAAGCUGACUUGGGCGACAAUCACGGCCAGAACCGGGGGAAAGUUGGCGAUACGUGUACAAGAUGGACAGCAGUUUGGUGUGAAUGGGAGUGUGUAUACAGAGGAGAUUUCGAGCGUGGAGGGUGGAAUAUACGAGAUAUCACUGCUAUAG